AAACGUAUCGUAUGGACGGAAUAAACCGAUGGUAACGACAUCUGCAGAUAUUUCUUUUUUUUAAUAUGAAAAUAAAAUACCGCCAAUCCAAUGCUGAUCGCAUCUCCUCAAUGUUUUGACGUGCAUGGCAAUGGCGGAUUUUAUGUUUAUCACAUAUUUUAUAUUAUCGUUGACACUCGAGUUAUGUCCAGGAGAAGAAGAGAAGCUUUCUUUAUUAGAAAAUGAUUUUUCUGUUGAAAGUGAAGAACCACAGAAAUCUAUAGAUAUUAUGGCUUUUAAUGGUAGUUCAAUUGGACAACAACGUUUUAAAUGCCAUACCUGUGAUGGACCAGAUUGCCGAUAUACUCAAAUCUGCCAUAAUGCAAUUACUUGUUGGAAAUCUAGAGUAAAAGAAUCAAACGGUGCAGAAAGUGUAAGUAGAGGAUGUACUUCAACAAUGGAGCAUAUGUUGUUAUUGUGUAAUAAGCAAUUACCGCCACGUAUCCUUCAAAGUACUACUAAAAAAAGACAUGUUACUGGACUCCCACAUGGUGUACAAUAUUAUGUUGAAUGUUGCCAAACAGAUUUGUGUAAUGGCGGACCAUUUCCUAUAUUACAUGACUUUAAUGGAGAUGUUGUUGAAGAAGACUAUGCAGUUAAAUUAACAUUGGCAAUUUUGGGUUCCUUGGUUGGAUUCUGCAUUAUUGCUGGAAUAGUGCUGUUUUAUUUAUUGGUAUGUAGGACUCGUAAAAAAAGGACAUUGGCUGCAAGGCGUAAUAAACUUGUUAUAGAUUCUGAAAUGGAGUCGUCUAUCCUACAUUUUUCAUUUUCUUCUCCAACAUCCACUACUACGUAUCAUUCUCAUGAACUAAAAGCAACUGCAGCUGGUGAUAGUACUCUAAAGGAAUACUUGGAUGGAAGGAGUUUAACUAGUGGGUCAGGAUCUGGUUUACCAUUAUUGGUACAAAGAACACUAGCUAAACAAGUUGCAUUAGUGGAAUGCCUAGGUAGCGGUGGUAAUGGUGGAUUUGGUGGAGAAGUUUGGAGAGGAGUAUGGCAUGGCGAAAAUGUUGCUGUAAAAAUAUAUUUUUCACGAGACGAGGCAGCUUGGGCUCGUGAGACUGAAGUUUAUUCUCAAUUGCUGCCGUCAAGACUUGAUAAUAUUCUUGGUUAUAUCGGAAGUGAUAUGACAAGCAGAGCAAGUUGUACUCAACUUUGGCUAGUGACACAUUAUCAUCCAAUGGGCUCACUUUUCGAUUAUUUGAAUCGUACUCCUCAUUCUUUAACACAUCAUCAAACACUCAGUAUCUGUUUGAGUAUUGUGAAUGGAUUGCUUUAUUUACAUACUGAGAUUCACGGAACUAGAGGAAAACCGGCUAUGGCACAUCGUAAUCUCAAAUCUAAAAAUAUUCUUGUUAAAACUAAUUGUAGUUGUGUAAUCGCUGAUUUUGCGUUGGCAGUAACACAAGAACGUUUGACUACAGAUAGAAUUGAUUUAAAACAAGGUACAAAACGAUAUAUGAGCCCAGAGAUUCUCGAGCAAACGAUAAACACAGAGUGUCUGGAGAACUUCAGACGAGCAGAUAUAUACAGUUUAGGCUUGAUACUAUGGGAAGUUUGCAGAAGAUGUAUAAGUAAUGGUGUUGCAUUGGAAUAUGCAGCACCAUAUUCUGAGUGGCUUUCUAAUAGUCAAGAACCUUCUAUUGAAGAAAUGAGAAAAUUAGUAUGUUUGGAUCAGCACAGACCACCCCUUCCUAACAGAUGGCAUUCUGAUCCAACAUUGGCUGGUUUGGGAAAAUUAAUGAAAGAAUGUUGGCAUGGGAAACCUGCAGCACGUCUACCCAUUCUUAGAGUAAAAAAAACACUUGUUAAACUGGCAACUAACGACACACGUGUUCAUUUGUCUCUUGAUUAAGUAGUAUGGAUACAUAUUAUUUUAUGCAGAUAUUUAUUAGUAAGAAUUUUUAGUAAGAUUUAUUAGUAAGCUGUGUGGCUUGUUCUGUAAAUUUAUUUCUUUGCAAAAAAUGAAAGACAAUUACAUAAAUACUUUUCAUUCAUUUUAUUAUAUGUGUAUUUAUAAUUAUCUUAAGUUGAAAAAUGGUACUUGAGAUGAAGAUAAAACAGAAAAUUCUUGUUCAAUGAAUUUUGGUUCAAUAUCGUAACAUUGUACGUUAUAAUUUGUAGAGUAAUAUUAAUGUAGUGUGUCCUUGUAUAGUGUAUUUAAGAAAAAUUUUUUUCUUUUUAUUAUUAUUAUUAUUACUAUUACUUUUUUAUUAUUAUUAUUACUAAUUUUUAAUACAGAAAAACCUCAGCCAUUUUAAAUAGUUUAAGUAUUGUAUUUUCAUCAUUUCUAAAUUUGUCUAGAUUUAUGAUAUUGAGUAUUUCUUAGUAAGUUACCACUAUGUUAUACAAAAAAUGAAAUUUUCAUUUUAGGAGAAUCUUUAAUCUUUUUUAUUAUUGUCAAUGGCUGAGAACUAUUGAUGUGUUCAUUACAAUUAACAUGCUUAAUUAGAUUAUUUACUGUAAUUAUAACUUUAUAACUAUGACAGUUGACAACUACAUCAGUGGUUGUUAUAAUUGUAGUAACUGUAUUGGUAACAAAAUUUUUAUCAAAAUACUAGUAGCUUUUUUUAUAUCAUAUGUAUAUUAAUUACUAGGAAAAUGUUUUGCAGGUGGUAAUAAACAUACAAGACUACUAGUAUAUCUUUUUGGCAUAAUAUUAUUUUUAUAUGACAUGUAUGAAUGUUAACAAAAUUUGUAAUAAAAAAUCACAGUUAGUAUCAUUA